UAUAGGCCUCCCCAAUGAGAAAGGCCUGGCGCCUCGGCGACCAUGACAGUCGCGCGCGCCCCUCGUUCGCCGUAAUCAAACAAACAAUUUCUUUCAAUCAAAUACGAUUCAAACUAUCAAUUACUUGUGCAUUUUAACCGACGGUUUGGCUUCACGGCCAUAUUUCAUUCAAGCUGGCGAAGGCAUGGUGGAAAGAACCAGAUACUGGAGUGCCGGCGGGCGCGCGCGAAGGCUGCGCGGCAGCACGCAUGUGGCGUGCGGCAUGCAGCGUGUUGGUAUGCCCCGAUGCUGAUGCCGCUUGGACCCGCAUCUCUGAUACUGCGCCACCAGACACUGUUUGGCACUCCUUACGCAACUGCGUUGCAUAUCAAGCUGGGGUAUGGCAAAACUUGCUAGCAAAAGGCAUAGAUGAUGUAAUCCAACCUGCGGCGUUUAAAUUGGCUAUAGUAUUGAGACAUACACCUACAGAUCUCACCGUACGCCUGUUGGCAGAUUUAUUACGCCUUCAUCCACAAUCUCAAGACCUGACCUCAUACGUGCUGGCGCUGCUGACAGACGACGAGGCGGCAUGGUGUGGAGCGUGUGGUGCGGGCUCGCCGGGCGGCGGUACGCCGGGCCCGGCGCCACUGAGAGACCUGCAGCUAUUUGGAGAUUGCGAGCUUUCCAUCCUCGCAGCCAGUCGCGAGGAGUACGAGGCCCAUGCUAAGCUGGUCCGUGCAGAGUACGCAGCAAUGAGCAAUAAGAACUACGUGGAACUAAGGAUUAAGGUCCUAAACCAGUUCUCACAGAUCCCUAAGCUAUAUCACACACCAGAGUUCGAGUUCCUUGAGCCGCUUGCUCGUGAAAACAUUGAACGAGAAAUUUGCACUCUACGUGAACACCUGCUCACAGGUCAACAGGAGUAAACUCGAACGAAGACCAAGAUGAGGCACAAAAUGUCUUGAAUUAGUCCAAGCUAGCAAACAAUAGAUGCUAAUAUUUACGAUUGGAAGGCAUGGCAUGCCAGAUUACUGCCCGCUCCACACUCGCGUUCGACCCUACGCGUCGCGAUUCGCGCACGAGUGUGUAGGGGGCUUUAGACACAUUUCGUUGCGCUGAAGGCUAUGUUCGUGUUCGUGAAAACGCAUUUUUAUGAUAGUGAUCAAGCCAAUCAGACAAGUAGCGGCGCAAUUAAUGUUCAAUAAUGAUGAAAAUAAAACAUAUUAUGUACUUACAACAUUCCAUGCUUCAACAAAUGCGACUGCAGAACCAAGUUGUGAAAUCGCGUAUGAAGCUAAGACUGGCACUGGCACACUUAGGUAACCAGAGGUUUCCAAGUCAAGAUCUUUUGAUCCGAGGGCCACGAUCAUGGAAGGACGCUUCUUUUUCUCGGGUCAAAUGGAUGGACUUUGGGGCUUUUCGCGAUGCGAAUUGGCACGUUAGCGAGCCAGAUGCGGCCCCUGCGCCUUAGUUUGGAUUGGAGACCAAUGUUAUAUAGGUACAUAGAUAUCCUGUAUUUAUUACAUUUCCAAUUUACGAAAUUACAAUUACAUACCUGUUGUUGAAUUGCAUACUUAUUUACAUUACAUAUAUAAAAUAGUAAGUUCAAGUUUAUCGAGUAGGUACAUACUCAUGACUAAAUAAUGUACGAGUAUUACGCGUUUAACGUACUUUUAAUAAGUUAACCGACUUUGAAAUUGCCCUGAUUUGUUGCAAAAAAGAUGUUCAGCUGCCAUUGCUGCGUUCUAGAUGUAAAUCAGUUGAUAAAUUCGUACUUUAUAGAUUGUUCUUAAUAGCGUAAUAUACAUUUAACAAAAAGCUGUUU